CCGGCCGCCGCCCAACCAUCCAUUCGCCGCUGGCCACCCGAUAGCCUCGUGCGGUUCCACUGCACUUCUGCGUCUCCACCCCGACCCAGGACAGGAGCACGAGGCCUCGCUUCCACCGACAUGUGGGCCCUCAACAACCUGAAGGCGGGCGGGACCUGCCUCACGCCGAGGCGCCCCGCGCCGGCGACGGCGGCCGCCCGGGGGCCCCUCGCUCCUCCGGCGGCGGCGGCGACGGGGCGGAGGCUCUGGAGGCUCGGCCCGGCGCGGGGACCGCUGGUGGCGGUGCGCGCGUCGGGGGGCAGGAGGGAGGACGCCCCGGGCGGCGACGGCGAGGAGGCCGAGAACAUGGCGUCGUCCUCAGGUGAUGCAUCUACUCCGGCUGGAGAUGGCUCUGAUGGAUUGAACGUGAACCGACCACAUGAUGAAGCUAAAUCCAGUGAGCCGAUUAAUAUUUCUAACAGCAAUUAUUGGCGAGAUGUCAGGGCAAACCUUGUGCGUCGGGAACAGGAAAUAUUGGUUGAUCCAAGUGCUCCCAGGGAGUCAAAGACAUCCGCAGGAGAGCCAGCACACCAGCUUCCUCAAAAGUGGGCUCACGCUAUUACGAUGCCGGAGGCAGGGUGUGUCUUGGUUGCUACUGAGGCGCUUGAUGAUGAUAGUAUCUUUGAAAGGACCGUCAUCUUCCUCCUCAGACUUGGGUCAAGAGGUACCUUUGAUGGCCCGUUCGGUGUCAUUCUGAACCGGCCACUAUACACAAAGAUCAAGCAUGUGAAUCCAGCCUUCCGAGACCAGGCAACCCCUUUUGGUGAUUCCCCACUCUUCUUCGGAGGCCCUGUUGACAUGAGCAUGUUCUUGGUUAGGACUAAUGAGCAAAACAGCUCACGCCUCAAGGGUUUUGAGGAGGUGGUACCAGGCGUCUGCUACGGUUUCCGGACUGACCUUGAAAAGGCUGCCAUUCUGAUGAAGAGUGGGGCGAUCAGGACCCAGGACCUGAGGUUCUUUGUUGGGCAUGCUGCUUGGGACUAUGAGCAGCUGUUAGGAGAGAUCAGGGCAGGAUAUUGGGCUGUCGCUUCCUGCAGCACGGAGCUGAUCAGUGAUGCGUUGACAGGUGACCCUUCUUGCCUCUGGACUGAGAUAUUGCAGCUGAUGGGAGGGCAGUAUUCGGAGCUCAGCCAGAAACCAAAGCAAGAUAGCUCAUAGAUGUUGCUCAAUCGCGACAUAAUUUGCAACAGCUAAGGUUGUGGCUGUCUGUCCAUAAUUGAAAUCGGGUAAUUCACCUGUUACUCUAGCUUUAUGUAUCAACUGUUAUGCGUUGUUUGUACCGAAAUAAGCUCUAUAUAAUGGCUGGCCUCUUAUGGAUGUCGGCAAUUGGGAAAUGUGAAGAUAGUAGUUCCACCUGUGUCUUUUGAUGAA